CGAGCUUUCUUUCUCUCUCUCUUUCGCAAAGCGCGCACCCGAGCGCUGCUUCGAUCCUGCACCACCAGCAGCGCGGUUGCUGUCGCUUCUUCGCGGCCACCGGGAAAAGAAGAUCGCGAGACGCCAUGGACAAGAUCAAGUGCGGCCCCAUCGUCGAAAUGCUCGGCGACGACAUGUCGAGAGUCAUCUGGGAGCAGGUCCGCGACAAGCUCAUCGCGCCCUACGUCGACAUCGACCUGAAGGUGUACGACCUGUCCAUCGGCAACCGGAACGAGACGGACAACAUGGUGACGCUGCAGGCGCGCGACGCGCUGCGGCGCUACAACUGCGGCAUCAAGUGCGCCACCAUCACGGCCGAGCGCGACGUGCUCGAGAUGUACCAGCUGAAGCGCAUGUGGCAGUCGCCCAACUCGGUGAUCCGCAACGCGCUCGGUGGCGCCCUCUUCCGCGAGCCCAUCAUCUGCGCCAACGUGCCGCCGCUGAUCAAGCAGUGGCGCAAGCCCAUCGUGGUCGCCCGACACGCGUUCGGGGACCAACACCUCGGCAGGGAUUUCGUGGUUCCGGGCCCGGGAUCGUUGGACGUGUGCUACAAGCCGGACAUUGGCUCGCCGUACCGCAUGCGAGUCUACGACUUCGACGACACGCAGGGCGUGGCCGCGGUGAUGUGCAACACGGACAAGUCCAUCACGGAGUUCGCCUACAGCUGCUUCCAGUUCGCGCUCAGGCGCAACCUGCCGCUCUACCUGAGCACCAAGGAGACGAUCCUAAAGAAGUACGACGGCCGCUUCAAGGAUAUCUUCGAGCGCCUCUACGAAAAGAAGUACAAGCCGAGGUUCAAAAACGUUGGCAUCUUCUUCCAGCACCGCCUCAUGGAUGACAUGGUGGCCAGGUCGUUGCGGAUGGAAGGCGGCUUCGUGUGGGCCUGCAAGAACUACGACGGCGACAUCCAGUCCGGGUUCGUGGCCCAGGGGUUCGGCUCGCUCGGCCUCAUGACGAGCGUGCUCAUCUGCCCCGACGGCAAGACGCUGAUCGCGGACGUCGCCCACGGCACCGUGACGAAGCACUUCCGCCGCUACAAGGCCGGCUUCGAGACGUCCACCAACUCGAUGGCCACCAUCUUCACCUGGACGAAGGGGAUACGGCACAGGGGCAAGCUGGACGGCGACGCCAAGCUGCUCGACUUCGCCAGGACCCUCGAGAGGGUGGUCGUCGACCUCGUCGAGUCGGGCUACAUGACCAAGGACUUGGCCAUGUGCGUCAAGGGGUUCGGGAACGUGCGCAGGGAGGACUACCUCAACACGUUCGAGUUUAUCGACAAGGUGGCCGAGCUCAUGACGCCGGCCUACAAGCAGGUGUUCAUGGAACAGUCUGUUUAAUUUCCUCGCUUUGUUUUCUGCGUGUUUUUUUUUUCCAAGUAGUAGUGUUUUUCCCCAAUUUAUUGCAACAUUUCCAGCUUCUUUUGAAAUAAUUGCCUGUGUUAUUACGACGAGAAACGAUGCCGACUUUUACAUUCCCAAAGAUUUUUAAAUAUUUGUUAUCUUUAGACGUUGGCGCGUGUAGACGACGCCGACUAUUGUACUCUCGUAUUUUUGUGCUCUACAAGGAACAAAGUCACACGAGUAAUUUA